AUGAAAUUCCCCGGCUUUCCCUCGACUUCAUUGAAAGGAUUGACCUCAUCAAUGAAAGCACCUGCAAGAUGGAUACAAAAUAAUAUGCCAACUCUACCGUCUACAUCUAAUUGUUUUUCUUCAUUCAGUUCUUGCACAUCGAGGAGAGGAUUCUUUGCCUCGAGAAAGAAACGCUCGUCUUUAAGUGUUCAACCAUGCGAGUGUAAAAAUGACAACACACAUCCCUCGGAUCACAAUCGAAACUUGAGAUCUGAUCGAAAAAUGAGCAUCUUUAAUGAAACUAAACCAAAGAGUGAAGAUUUCGAUGAUCCGCCUUUUACGAUUGCUGACAAAGUGAUGCCAAGAAGAUUACCACCAUUAAGAGCUCAACAAUUCACUGGAAAAGUGGAGUUGAUCAAGAAAACGCACAAAGCGACAAAGAGCAGCACAGUGGUUUUGACCUAU